GUGGCAUUAAGUAUGGGCUAAGAUCUUAGGAAAAAAAAUUUUUUCUUUUCCUUGUUGCACCAAUUUAAACAUUUGGAUUAUAACUUGGUUAUAAUCCCGGCGGAGACAUUCGAAUCCCCUGUUAAUAUCCUUAAUUAGACUUUUUCUUCGGCUAAUCACUUUCCUGAAUAGGUGAAGCACCUGAAUUCUUAAGAUGUUAUCUUGCUCUAAGUUUUUCCUCCUACUCUGGUAGUGGCCUUUAGUGCAGUGUUUUGGGAAGAAGUUUUUGUGAAUAAGGUACGGGGACGGUCGUUGGUAAUUUUGAAUUGAUCCUCCUAUGUCUUCCGCCGAACGUCGCUUAAGAAGUGGGAUCUUCAGUUACGUCGUGAGCGUUGAGGGCGUGGCUGAAGUUCAGUACUCCCCCAUAAAGUCAUUAUUAUCCCUGAGUGCUGACCAGAAGAAAUGGUCAAAGGGUGUUUGAUGAUUUUUUUCAGUUAUCAGUUAACUUGGAGCUGUCGACUGCUUAAAAGGCGGGAGGAAAUCCACCCCUGUGACGGGGAUUGGCGCAAGAUCAUUGUAUUAUAGUUGAGGAAUGUUACACCACAUUCUAAGAUUGUUAUUCAUUGCGGGCUCAAUAAAAUGGCCGAUGGGUAGGUGCCAAACAAUUCUCCUAGUCUGCGGUUCGAUGCCCGCGCCCGGCGUUUUAGUUACAUUUUUACAAUGCAGCAUAACAUGAAAAGGAAGAGCCUGUAGCGCCUACUUCUCGGUGAAAAAUGGCAACAGAUCCUUCCCCUUUGUGUUGUUGUGAAUUUCGUAACCUUCAUGGCCAUAGAACGCACUUACUCGCCUUCUGUUGUGAGUGCGAUGAACUAGACAACGCCGUGGAUCAGUGCCUUCAAGGAAACAAAGUUUCAAAGCAAAAACUGCAUGAUAUAUCUAUGGUUAUUUCUGAUCGCAUUCGUAUUCCUUGGUUUAAUGGCGCCCAGAAAUUGGAAUUCGACUAUGUUGUUCCAAUUCUUUUCUUAGGCAUAUCUCUCUACUUUGCAAGUAACAGUCUAGUCUUUACGGUGCUAGCUCUGGUCUAUGUUCCGGUCUUCAUCCUUAUUUAUUAUAUUUAUGUGCUCAACCAACGUAAAAGGACCUGGUUCUUCGUAAGUUGGACUUUAACAUCUCUUGUUGGUAAUUUUAUUCUAUAUAUUGCUUAUGUAGCUCCCUUCAAUUCCUACCUUAAUUCUUCGGUCCUCUCUCUUGGGUUUGGUCUUGUUUUGUCGUUAUACUUGCGUGUGAUAUUCUCAAGGAGGCUCUUAAAUAUGUACGCUUUGAGCUCUAAGCCCCCUUCUCUUAACAAUGCAAAUCACAAUGACACAGAUUAUAAGGAUCUAAACUGCUGUUUCUGUACAGAAGGACCUUUUAUCAGGGCAAAGCAUUGUAGGAUUUGUGGUUACUGCGUUCCAAGAUCCGACCAUCAUUGUGUUUGGACAAACUGUUGUAUUGGACAGCACAACCACCAUUCCUUCCUUGCUGCUAUAGUUAUUUUUUUGGGUACUGGACUAUGGGGAGUCUAUCUCUCUAUUUUCACUAUCUGUUCAUCUAAAGACAACAGCAUUUUCCAUGUAGAUUGCUCAAAUGUCUACUUUAAUUCCAGGUCUUCUUUCGUGUUUGUUGCAUGUUGGUACACAAUCAUCUUCAUAUUAGGCAUGUGUGGGCUCCUGUUUCAACAGCUUGUAUUUGUUAGCCUUAAUUUGACUGGUGAUGAGUUCAGAAGGUCUUCAAAGAAGAAGUCAUUUUGUGAAGUGAUGAGGACACAUAGCUAUAACAAAGGAUUUGUUAGGAACUGGAUUCAUUUUUUAUUUCCACAAGACAUCAGCUCUUUUGAGGAAGAAGUAGUUUAGAAAUAUGUGCUUGGUUAUAAAAUGUUUAGUGUAAAAAAUGAGCUUCUGAGGGACCUAUUUUCGUCCUUUGAUAACAGGAGCAGAAAUAAGGUGGAGGAGAGGGGGGUUGUGAGGGAUUUAACUAAAAAAGAAAGAAGAAAGAAAGAGAAAGAGACAGUUGUGGACAAACCAAAAUGAUUGCUAUUAAGUCAACCUAGUUUCUGACUCAUUCAGUACAUUGUUACUGACAGCUGAAGAUCCAUGGAAAACAUUUCCUGUACCAAAGGUUAUGAAUUAAAACAUAACCAAAGUAAAGCGUGCGCUCUGAUUGGUCAAUUUAGCGUCCCCCAUGCCCAUGGGUGUACGCUG